AUCUGAAUUGAAAAGGUGUUUCUCCUAUUGUUCAGUUUUUCCCAAGGGUUAUGAAUAUAGCAAUUUGGAGCUGAUAUCAUUUUGGAUGGCACAUGGACUGCUACAAACCAACGACGAAGAUGAAGAGGCAGAGGAUCUUGGAGAGUUCUAUAUUCAAGAGCUAGUUUCAAAAUCUUUCUUUGAAGGUGUUCCUGAAGAUCAAGUAGUUGUUGAUGGACUUAUUUUUGAAGAACUUAAGCAUCUAGGAAUAUCUUAUUUUAAGAUGCAUGAUCUUAUUAAUGACCUUGCUGUGUCUACUAUGCAAAAUGAAAGGGCUGCAGUAAAGUUUAAUUCAACCAAUGUGAGAGAAAAUGUGCAGCAUUUAUCAUUUUCUGAUAGUAGAGAAGGAGUACCUAAUUUUGGUAAUAAAAGGUUGAGUAAGGUCCAAACGAUUGGAUUCUGGCAUGCAAGUGAAAGUGCAAGUGCAAUCACUGAACCAUUUCUUAGAUGGGUUUUUAAGGAAUUCAGGUACCUCAGGGUGUUGAAUUUACAAUGUUCAAAUUUUCAGUUCUUGCCUGAUUGUUUUAACAAGAUGAAGCAUUUGAGGUAUCUUAAUCUGAGCUAUUGCCAAAGGAUGGAAAAACUCCCAGAUUCCAUUUGCAAGCUGCAGAACUUGGAAGUUCUUAAUUUGUGUAGAUGUGUAGCACUUAAAUACAUUCCAAAGAACUUGAGGUAUCUUGUGAGCCUCAGGAUUUUGUGGAUCACCACACAAAUGAAUGAUUUGUCUUGUAUAGGUUUUAAGACCUUCAGUUCUUUGCAAAUAUUGAUUUUGUGGAAUUGUGAAAACUUAACAUUCCUUCCACAUGAUUUGAGACACUUGACUGCUUUGAAAAGGCUUAGUAUUGAGGCUUGUCUUGAGGUGACUCAUUUUGGAGAUGAAGCUGAACAAGAAAUUGAUGACGACUAUUCCUUGAAACUUGAACAAUUCUCAAUCAACCAACUACCAGAAUUGUUAGCAUUACCUAAUUGGCUAAGAAGAUGUUCUAAGACUCUCAGAUAUCUGGGCCUUUCACAGUGUCAGAGCUUAACAGCAUUUCCAGAAUGGUUCCCAAUUCUGACAUCACUUGAAACCCUUCUAAUUGCUGAUUGUCCAAAGUUAACACUACCACAUAAUAUGGAUAAUGUUCAUAACCUUCAGAACUUGAAGAUAUUUGGAUGCCCUCAACUAGUUGAGAGAUGCAAAAGAGAUAUAGGACCUGAUUGGUGUAAAAUAUCUCAUAUCCCAAAUAUUGAACUUGAAAGCGUUUAAGACCACUAUCUGAUAACUUGGUGCAAGCACAAUCAGAGAUUGUUAAGGUGGUAGAGCAUUUGAAGUUUGUAAUUGCUCACAUUUUCCUCCAACUUCAAAUACAGAUCUAUGUUUCCUGUAGGAGUACAAUAUACCUACUCAAGUAUUUCUUUUAAUAUUAUAUUUCAAUUUCUUUAUCUUUUUUUGUAUUCACCGAAAGUUUUGUUAUGAAAACAAUUUGAUAAGGCUGGCGCUGGCAAUUGAUAAAAAAAGACACUGCCACACUGGAAGCCUAUCUAAAACUUUGUUAUUUUACAAUGUUAAUUGAACAAAAUUUCAAUGAAUAUACAACCACAGGAUAUACAUUAUUGUUAAUAUUUAGAUAAGGAUUUCUGAUACAAAGUGGCUGCAGCAAUGUGGGUUGUUAGCAAUCCGAGGAAGAAGAACAAUUGAAUAAAACUUGAGCAUAGAUAAAUAUUUGCUUAAAAGUUAAAACAGCAGGGAUCCAUGUGCUGACAUCAAUAAUUGUAGUUCCUAACUUUGAGUUGGAUAAUCUUGUUUUCUCAUCAACUUUUAUUUUUCAUAUUAGAAAGAUUAUUCUUGGAGGUAAAGUAACUUGACUCUUGUCUCGUGAACAUGACCAGUUAAGUGCAUGUAUCAAAAUGGCUACCACUUGUUAAGUUUGCAAAAUCUAACACAAGCGGUGAAGGACACUACCUCGUGUAUUUGUCAAACACGUGCAUUCAUGUCCAGACACAUUUAAAAGAAUAUAACAUAAUAAUAGUUCUUUUUUACUCAUCCUGCACUUUACUAUGCACAUCAAUAACGUUAUCACCGUUAUUUCUCAAGUUCAAAUCGUGUCAUCAUUUGAUGAACAAGUUCUGAACUCAGCUAAGAGAAAGUCUCCCAUCAAAACAAAUGCAGUCCCAAUCUAACUUGCAGAAAAGAAAGUCUACAUUGAUAACGGAAGGGAAUGCUGCUGCUUUCAAGAAAUCAAGGUUGGCAAGCCAUGUUGACUCCGUUGAAAGAGAGAGAAAGCACCAAGAUGACUUAAUAGAAAAAAAAUAUGGUGAGGAUGAAGAUGACGGUGAUGUUGAAGACAAUACUGAUGAAAUAAAACCAGAGGCAGAUGAGGAUGCAAAUGAUGAUCAUCGAGAGGAAGCAGAGUACUUACUAGGAGAUGAUGGCGCAACUGCAGAGCAGGGACUUCAUGAAGGUCUACUCAUAAAAGAUGGAGAUGAAGACAGCAAGCUUUCUGCUCGACAUUUCAGCCAUGGAUAUCACUUGACCGAAGGAAAGUUGAACCAUGGAAUGGAGGACUACAUUUUUGCUCAACACAAGAAGCUCAAUGGUUAUGACUUGGGUUUGUAUGCAAUAUUUGAUGGUCAUUCAGGUCAUGAUGUUGCCAAAUACUUGCAAAGCCAUCUAUUUGAAAACAUACUGAAUGAGCCUAGUUUCUGGAAGAAACCAGUGCAUGCUGUUAAGAAAGUGUGCAAGGCUACAAAUGUUGAGAUCUUAGAGAAUAUAGCUGAUUUGCGGGGAGGAUCGACAGCUGUUGCAGCAAUACUAAUUGAUGGAGUGAAGCUGCUUGUAGCCAAUGUUGGCGAUUCUCGAGCGAUAUCAUGCAAAAAUGGUAUUGCAAAACCAAUAACUGCGGAUCAUGAACCAGAGAAGGAGAAAGAUCUUGUUGAAACCAGAGGGGGCUGUGUGUUCACAAGACCAGGAUCUAUUCCAAGAGUGGACGGCCAAUUAGCAAUGACAAGAGCAUUUGGAGAUGGAAAACUGAAGGAGCACAUUACUGCUGAGCCAGAUGUGAUGAUUCGGAAGAUUGAUGAUGACACUGACUUCAUCAUUUUGGCAAGUGAUGGUUUGUGGAAGGUGAUGACAAAUCAGGAUGCUUGUGACUGUAUCAAAGAUGAUGUUGAUGAUGCUAAGAAAGCAGCUAAGAAGUUGGUUAAAGAAGCCAAGUGUCUAGGAAGCUGUGAUGAUAUUUCAUGCAUAGUUGUUACGUUCUAGUUGAGAUGAUGACAGCAGCAGACAAAGUAGAAUAGUAGAUUCAGAUGGGUCCCCAUUUUUCCACCCAAAUAAGAAUCUAAGUUCGACUUUCAGCAUUGUUCCUUACAUUUUACUUGAACUUCUGGUUUUUGAUGAAGUAAUAUAAUAGCUGUUGGUUAA